AUGGCAUUAGAAACGGUAUACGCAAUUCACUCAUUUUCAGCUGAAAAAGGAGAUGAGAUUAGUUUUGAAUAUGGUGAACCUAUUUUGGUUUUUGAAAAGGAUGAAAUGUAUGGUGAUGGAUGGUGGCAGGGAAAGAAUGUUCGUGGAGAAAUAGGAUUAUUUCCUAUGAAUUACACAAGUUAUUCAAAACCUUUACCACCAUCACCUAAAUUUCAUCGACAUAAUAAAUUAACCAACAACAACAAUAAAAAUGAAACAAGCUUAAACAAUUUAAUAGAAAAAGUGUCAGAAACUGGAGGUGGAAUAAAAGGGGAAAAAGAUGAACAAUUCCAUCCCACUAUGUGGAAUGUAGAAAAGGUUUGUUCAUGGUUACAUGAAAAAGGGUUUGACUCAGUAACGCAAAAAAAUUUUCGUGACAACGAUAUUACUGGAGACAUACUUCUUGAUUUAAAUACAGAUAUGCUAAAGGAAUUGAAUAUUGCAUCAUUUGGUAAACGUGUUCAUAUAAUGAAUGCUAUUACUGCACUGAAAUCCGAAUUUUCAAUAAAUGAUAAAAAUAAAGAAGAUGAGAAGGAUGAUAGCUCUGAAUAUGAAGAGCAAAUUUUUGUUGAUCAAAAACUAUCAUCCCGUAAACUUGGAAAUCGGAAAUAUUCAAUAUCAAAUCCUUCUUUAUCAAAAUAUCCCGACAACAAUGAUACUAAUAUCACUCAUGAAGGAUUCCAAAAUAUGUCGCAAAGAUCCUCUACGGCCGUUAAGUUCUCAAAUGAUACUAAGAAAGCUUCAUACUCUCAUCAAGCAACUUUACAAAAAUCUGAAUCCAAAUUUUCAAAUAAAGAGAAUAAUGAUGAAAAGAAUAAUAAAUCACAAAGAUCGAUUUUUUCAAAAAUGAGUCAAUUAACAAAAUCAAAUAAUAAUAAGAAAGCGCAAAAAUCGCUUAGUAUGUUUUCACCACAAAAGAAAAUAGACAAACCACGUACAAUAUCUACAGAUGUUCUUGAUUCUAUUGGUGUACCUGAUCAUGAAGGAUGGUUAAAGAAGCAAGGUAACAAAUACAAAGUUUGGAAAUCAAGAUUAUGUAUAUUGAAAGAUGCUAAUCUUUACUAUCUGAAAACUGACAAGAAUUUGAAUUCAGUUAUAGUCAAAGGUCAUAUAAAUCUAACAAACUAUCGCGUAAUACCAGAUGAGAACCUUUUAUAUGGAAAGUACGGAUUUAAGUUAGUACAUGAUACAAAUAGAACUCAUUAUUUUGCCCAUGAUGACCAGCAAUCAAUAAAAGAAUGGAUGAAAGCUAUUAUGAAAGCAACCAUAUCAAGAGAUGUUAAAGUACCAGUAAUAUCAUCAAAUAAUAUAAUAACUAUGCCACUUGAUGAAGCUAGAAAAAUGGCUCCAAGACCUCCUCCUCUACCGCCUUCUUCACCAUCUCAUUUUUCUACUUUUCCAACACAACGACAACCAAGGACAAAUACUCUAUUAGCUUCAAAAGCUUCUUCUCCCACAUUAAGACCUGAAUCACCACCACUAUCAAUUAGAUCAAUUACUAUUAUCGGUUAUUUGACCGAAGACGAAAUGGUUUAUGAUGUCGUAACUGAAGCUCUUAGUUUAGGUUUAGAGUAG